CUUUUUCUUUACAGAUAAGGCCUAGGGGAGGGGAACAAUGACAAAAGUGACACGAGAGAAAUUUGGGGAUUUACCUCAUGGUGGAGAGGCUGUAGAAAAAUUCCUGCUCAAAUCCGAUGCAGUUGAAGUGGAGAUUAUAUCCCUAGGCUGCAUUAUUACUGCCUUGAAGACUAAAAGCAGAGAUGGAAAGUUCUCAGACGUUGUUCUGGGCUUUGACUGCUUGGAAGGCUACAUCAGGAAGCACCCCUAUUUUGGAACGGUUAUAGGACGGGUCGCAAAUAGAAUUGCCAAAGGGAAAUUUAUGGUGGAAGGAAAGGAGUAUCACUUGGCCAUCAACAAUGGACCCAACAGUUUGCAUGGUGGAAUAAAAGGAUUUGACAAGGCUGUCUGGGCCCCUGAAGUGCUGUCAGAUGGUGUACGGUUUUACAGAGUAAGCCCAGAUGGUGAGGAGGGAUAUCCUGGAGAGCUGGGAGUAUGGGUGACGUAUACUCUGAACAACGGGGAGCUAACGAUAAAUUAUGGAGCUCAAAGCAGUAAGACAACUCCAGUCAGUCUGACAAACCAUGCCUACUUCAAUCUUGCAGGGCAGGGGUCACCCAAUAUCUAUGACCAUAAGUUUACCAUAGAGGCAGACUCUUAUCUACCUGUGGAUGAAAAUCAAAUCCCGACAGGAGAAGUCGCUUCAGUGCAAGAUACAGCUUUUGAUCUGAGGGAGCCAGUAGUGCUUGGAAGUCACCUGGAGAAGUUUCAGCUCAGUGGGUUUGACCACAACUUUUGUCUGAAGCAGGCUAAAGAGCUGCAGUUUUGUGCAAGAGCUUACCAUCCUCCUAGUGGUAGGACAAUAGAGGUAUACACAACUCAGCCUGGGAUUCAGUUUUAUACUGGAAAUUUCUUAGAUGGUUCUCUGAAGGGUAAAGGAGACUGUGUGUAUCCCAAACAUUCUGGCUUCUGCCUUGAAACACAGAACUGGCCAGAUGCAGUGAAUAAGCCUAAUUUCCCGAAUGCUCUAUUGCACCCAGAAGAGGAAUACAGGCACAUAACUUGCUUCAAAUUCUUUGUAUCAUGA